AUGUCCAAGCGUAUUCUUCUCACCGGAGCAAAUGGCUUCGUAGGUUCGUGGAUCCUCGAUCACCUCCUCAGACAAGGCCACUUCGUCCGCGCCGUAAUACGCUCCGAAUCCAAAGCCGAACGAGUUGCCUCCGAUUUCCCUGCCUACGAAUCUCAUCUUGACUUCGGGAUCGUCCCCGAUAUCACCGCCCCCGGAGCUUUCGACGAGGUGGUCAAAUCUGAUCCUUCUUUUGAUGUCGUGAUUCAUACUGCUUCUCCAUUUCUCUACAAGGUUAUCACGGAUAAUCGUGAAUUUCUUGAUCCCGCAAUCAGAGGAACAAUGGGUGUCUUGGAGAGUGUGAAGAAAAAUGCACCGGAGGUAAAGAGAGUUGUGGUCACAAGUAGCUGUGCUGCAAUUAUUAAUUUUGCUGAGGAGGUUGUUAGUCAGCCGCCAAAAGUCUAUACGGAGGAGGAUUGGAAUCCUACUACAUGGGAGAGUGCAUUGGAGGGAACGCCGAAUAAUGCGUAUCAGGCUAGUAAAAAGUUUGCGGAAUUGGCUUCAUGGGAUUUCGUGGAGAAAGAGAAACCGAAUUUCGAUUUGGUAACUUUGACCCCUCCGAUGGUUUACGGACCGUUGAGACAUACAAUUCAUAGUACGAAUGAUCUGAAUCAAUCAAACCUGAGGAUCUAUAGUGGAUUGGUCAAUUCAUCUAAGGAUGCUGAGCUGCCUCCAAACGGCCUCCAUACAUUCACUGAUGUUCGUGACCUAGCAGAAGCCCAUGUCCUCGCUGCAACUCUCCCAGAAGCAUCGGGACAGCGUUUCAUUGUUUGCGAAGGUCAAAUAUCAUCUCAAAAUAUCAGUGAUAUCCUUCGCAAGAAUAUCCCAGAAUUAGAAGAAAGAACACCGAAGGGUGUCCCCAGUGACAAAGGACUAGAGGAUGGCUCUUUCGCAUGUAGUAGCGAGAAGGCUGAGAAGGUGUUGGGAUUGAAAUUCAGAAGUAAGGAGGAGACUUUUGUGGAUUUGGCUAGACAGCUCUUGGAUAUUGAAAAGAAACAGAAAGAUGCAGAGUAA